AAUGAGACGCCUCUGAGGACAGGUCUAACACGACUCAUCUUUAAGGACGCAUCUUCUACAGUGUUUGUGUGUGCGUUUGUGUGUGUUACCCUCCAAGUGUCAGGAUGAAGUUUGUGCUGUUGGGAAUCGCCGUGGUGAUCGGAUUCUUCGCCCUCGCGGAGUCUCUGACCUGUAAUCAGUGCUCAGUGAGUCUGUUUAACAUCUGUGCGAACCCCUCGUCUGUGAACUGCACCACCAACACGUCUGUGUGCACCACAUCCAGUUUCACGAGCGGCUCUGGUUUGCUGAACUUUAACUCUCAGAACUGUUUAGAGUCGUCUCUGUGUAACACCACCAUCUACACCUUCAUCUUGGGUGUACCGUACAACGUCAGUCAGAGCUGCUGUAACACAGACAGUUGCAACCGUCUGGUGAACAGUGGUCCCUCCAAUGUCCAGCUUCAACUCACUGCGGUCCUGAGCGCCACCCUGCUCGCCUGUGUCUGGGGCCAGUCCGUCUACUGACCACUGAAAUCCGACUCGGUAAUAAUGUAAUUACUCUAACUGUAAUAGCACAGCUGUUGCAAACAAAUGGUGGUUUAAUGAAUAUUUUGAGAAUGUAACAUUUAGGGCAACUGUACCACUGUGUUAAAAUGUUGUUACCAUAACAACUCAACUUACACAGUUAACAGAAUAACGGGUUUUAAAUAUACGGGCUGAAAUAAAUGGGAAACUAAUUCUGAAAGGGAAAAAUAGAGAGGUUUUCUACUAACUUAGAGUUUACAUUCUUUCUUUUAAAAAAAGAGAAUAUACUGUUACAAUGUGAACGGACAAAUUUCCAAAUUCAAUUGAGGUUUAUUCUUCUCUAUAAUGUUGUACAUUUGGGAAACUACAUUAUGAGCGACACUGCCUCAUUUCUACUGUGCUCCAGUCGGGCAUUUCAUUAAAAUGUGUACGAAAGACUAAGCGCAAGUCUUGGGUACUUUUGGAAAAUGGGUCAAAGCCAACACUCAUUAUUUCUGCCACAGACACGAUCUCAACCAUUCUAUAACGGAUCAGCUUUACUUUAAUAGAUCACCUAUUUACUGUAGAAAACAUUCACAUUACGUUCAUACACACAUUUUCUCCUGCAGAAUUGCUGCGUGUCGUUUCAUUGCCAUGUAAACAUUUCUAAUUCUCUUGUUUGUGUUUUAUGUGACGUUUAUACAUUAUUGAUUACUGCUUGUUAACUUUUGAAUGGGAUUAAGAAUUGUUAUUGAAAUUACCUGGUUAAUAAAUCAUGUUGGAAUUUA